CGCAUUUGAGUUUUAGAGGAAACACUGUUCAUGGUCAUGCAGAUAGGCAGUGGUGAUUGAGGAGAUAGCACCAAUUUUACAGUGACUCUGGAAAUUGCUUUGAGGAACUGACAGCCUGGUAGGGGCUGAAACAGACUGCGAGGCAAAGGGAGACGAAGUGCUCAGUUACGCGGAGGCAACAUCAAAAGGAGAGAAGCCGACGGACAGCACGUCUUCAAGAUGAGCAUCAAGUCUUGUGAUCAAGAUACAUUUCCGUCCACACAUAACAGGAGCAUAUGCUGCGAUCUUUGUAAGAAAGGAUCGUUCAUGAAGGCCGAAUGCAGCCUGGAGCAAAGGACUUCGUGUCAGCCAUGUGAGCACGGUCACUACAUGGACAAGCUGAACUUCCUGCAAAAAUGUCAACCCUGUAAAAACUGUCCUGACAACAGCUUCCUGGAAAGCAAAUCCGAGUGCCGGGCAGACAGAGACAGACAGUGCAAGUGCAAAGAGGGCUUCUACUGCCUGGAGAAGGAGUGUAAUCAUUGUCACCAUGCCACGAAGUGCUCCACUGGAGAGGGGGUCAAGACGAAACAUACCUCAGAAUCUGACACAGUGUGUGUGCCGUGUGCCAGGGGAACGUACAGCAAUGUGACAGACCUAUAUGCACCUUGCCUGAAACACACUGACUGUGAAAGUCUCGGCGGGAAAUUAGUAACUCAUGGAACGAAUGCUACAGAUGCCAAAUGUGCUCCCAAUCCCAACACAGGGUGUCUAUGGGUGGUACCUGCUAGCCUCUGGGUGGGCUUUGUGGCCACGGUACUGGUGACGAUCAUCGUGUAUGUGUACUGGAGGAGGAGCCGUCGGUGCCGCGCACAGAUAACAGGCUCCCAGCCCACCGAGAAGCCUGGUCACUUAUCACUGAUUCUGCAUGAAAGCGACCUGCAAUUUCCAACGUUAUGCUUUGAUGACAAAUUCAACAAUCACCCCCCUCCGUGUGAAGUUCAGAUUAGUGACUUCAUGGGCCCCUCUGAAAUUGAGUGUGAUGGGGUGACCAUGACAGUACUGACGUCGGCUGAGAACGUCAGAAAACUGGAUAUGGCUGGAGAUGGCAGAGGGAACUUCAAUCAUGUGUCGCUGUGUCACUCGGAGCCUCAGGAAGACGAAUGGGCUGAGACAUGACCGAACACGCACACGCUGACCAUGAGGAACACGUGUGUGCAGCUUUCUGUUUCGUUGUGAUGUUUUUUUUUUUACUGUUUUUCACUGUCUUUUAAUAAAACGACAUUCAGACAAUUAUCCUUUCAGCCUCACUCACAUUAAAGUUCCAACUGCUAGCAACAGCAUAGAGACAUGUCUGUUGUAGCAUUGGUCAGUCAUUAAGAUGAUGACAUAAAAAUAUCCCCAUACGGCAUUAGGGACCAGAAUCAAGAAAUCUUCUGAUCG